GUCCUUGCGUUCUUAUAACUUUUCGCACACUCCAACAUCUGGAAAAGCAAAAUUCAGCAUUGAGAACGAGAUAUACAUCAGUCCGAUUCGAUGCUAACAACCACUCCAUCGAUGUUGUCUUCGCAGCGCGACAUUCUCGGGCAAUGCACAAGCUCGACCAACGAUAGACGGUUAUUGCAUCAUAGUACUUCAGGACAUGCACCUAGUGAUCAUGACUCGUUGAGAUUAUCCCUACAACCACUUCUCGAAGGACUUGACCGACAUUGUGAAAGGCUUAACAGUGCUUAUCAAGAGAUCCAGUAUAUCCGCACCCGCAUUGCAGAGAUCCUUGCCAGCCGCCAGUCAGAAGAUGCGCGGAAUGUUGGCGCAUGGGAUAGUAGCCUCAACCUCCAAGCAGUGUUCGGCGAUGAACGUCACGCCAUCGCGCCAGUGGCACUCAACGAGUGCGACGUUCUUCCGGUGUUGUCGACUGCGCCCAACCUUUCCGUCGCGACUCACCCAUUCCGACUCUUGCAAGGCCAACGUUCAACUGACCAAAAGUAUGGUCCGCUUUCACAAGAAUCUGUCGGGAGCACUAGCACCCUGCCAGGAACAGUAGAUCAUUCUAUCGCGCAAAUUUCCCCAGACCCGUUACUCUCCGGCAACUCCGGUUCUGUCAAUUAUCAGCUCGGUGCACAGUCAUUCCAUAACUUUGUAUCUCAGGAUGACACGUGCCCUAAGUGGCAGACCCUAUCUGGCCAGUCAACCAGACGCUACCAACAGCUUUGUUUCCCCGUUGUACAGGAUGGCGAGGAGAAAGCGAAGUGUACGUGGCCCGGAUGCGCGAGUGUUGUCAAGAAAGAUAACUACACUCGUCACAUGAAAGAGAUUCACUUGCGACAGUCUAGAACUGUCUGCGCUAGCUGUGGAAAGGACUUCCAGCGACCGUAUAUGAAGAAGAAGCAUAUCUGUUCUGGUCGACACUCAAAACGUAAAAGUUCCUAGACGAUGAAGCUUCCAAAAGUGUUUAGACCAACGUCGAUUAAAUACUAUUCUUCCACAUACAACCACUUCCAUUAAAAUUGCUGCGGUUGUCGAACAUUUUCCUGCUAGGAGACCUCCCCAAUGCACCUUCUCGGAGUGAG